AUGCUGUUGGCAACAGAAGUGACGGCUGCCGGCCUGAUCAUCGAAUAUUGGACGACGUACGUCAACGUUGGGGUCUGGAUCACAAUAGUGCUAGUUGUAAUCCUGGUGCUCAACAUUGUCGCCGUUUCAUGGUACGGCGAGGCCGAGUUUUGGUUUGCCACGCUCAAGAUCAUUGCCAUCAUCGGCCUGAUCAUCCUGGGCGUCGUACUGUUCUUCGGAGGGAGUCCCAAGCAUGAUCGCUUAGGCUUUCGAUAUUGGCAGAAUCCGGGAGCAUUCAACCCCUAUUUGGUCCCGGGGAACACGGGGCGCUUCCUCGGGUUCUGGACGGCUCUUAUCAAGUCAGGCUUCUCAUUCAUUUUCUCGCCCGAGCUCAUCACCACCGCAGCUGGUGAAGUCGAAGCGCCGCGACGCAAUAUCCCCAAGGCCACCAAGCGGUUCAUUUACCGAGUUUUCACAUUCUAUAUCUUGGGCAGUUUGGUGAUUGGAGUCACUGUAGCAUACAAUGACCCAGGCCUUCUCUCGGGAGUCGCCAACGGGGGCUCUGGUGCUGGUGCCAGUCCAUUUGUGAUCGGAAUCCAGAACGCAGGUAUUGCCGGGUUGGACCAUGUGGUCAAUGCCGCUAUUCUGAUUUCUGCCUGGUCCUCCGGUAAUGCCUGGUUGUUUGCCGGAUCGCGAACGCUAUACUCGCUGGCCUGUGGCGGACACGCACCCAAGGUGUUUGCGAGAUGCAACCGAAAUGGCGUCCCGUAUGUGGCCGUCAUCAGCACCUGGGCCAUCGGAUUGCUUUCUUAUCUGAACCUCUCCAGCUCCGGAGCAAACGUGUUCUAUUGGUUCACGAACAUCACCACAGUGGGUGGCUUCAUCAACUGGGUAUUGAUAGCGAUUGCGUAUUUGCGAUUUCGCAAAGCCCUCAUUGCUCACAAUCUGCUGGACACACUGCCUUUUCGGACUCCCUUGCAGCCGUGGGGUUCCUAUUUCAUCAUUCUGAUUGUGAGCGUGUUGACCUUGACGAAUGGGUACGCCGUGUUCUUUCCCGGACAAUUCACCGCCGCGGACUUCCUGGUGUCGUAUCUGGUGAUCGCGAUAUUCGUGGCGUUGUAUGUAGGUCACAAGAUCUGGUACCGCACUCCGUGGAUGACCAAGGUAUCGGAAAUCGAUCUCUUCACGGGCAAAGAGGAGAUUGAUCGACUGUGCGAGGAGGACUUUGAGCGGCAGCCGCGGAAUUGGCUGGAGCGAGUGUGGUGGUGGAUUGCUUAG